AUGGCCGUUGCACCAAAGCGAUCUCGUCGUCAACGUCAGGCGUCCACCUCUUCCUCCGCUGGCCAAGAUAGCGACUUUUCCCCUUUAUCCUCUUCCUCUUUAUCCUCUUCCUCGCCUCCGCCAUCAAAAGCUGUAAAGAAGGCCAGGUGCACCUCUGCCGCAUCUUUGUCGAAGUUCUCGCAGAUCUUCGACCCCCCGUCUACCACUCCACCAGGGACAGCACCACUACCAGCACGAAGCCACACUUCCUCAUACCACCGCCCUCUGCUCCUCCUUGCCUCACACGAGUCUGGCAUUUCUUCCCUUCUGUCAUGGUUCAGCAGGGUCUGUAGUAAACGAGAGAUGCCAUGGCGAUCCGCCUUUAUCGAUCCUUGCAACUUUUCUUCAGCUGAAGAGCUGCGAGAAGCACUUGAAAGCCGAGCCUAUCAAGUGUGGAUAUCGGAAAUCAUGCUUCAACAAACGCGGGUAGAAACGGUUAAAUCCUUUUGGCUCAGUUGGAUGUCUAAAUGGCCCACUAUCCACUCGCUUGCUUCUGCGUGCCCGGAAGAAGUUGUUUCUGCCUGGCGUGGAUUAGGCUACUAUUCUCGAGCGACUCGAAUCCACACUGCUGCUAAAAAAGUAGUCUCUGACCCAGAUAUGAACGGUUUACUCCCAUCCCACCCGGCAGAUCUAGAAAAAAACAUCCCCGGUGUUGGCCCUUACACAGCAGGAGCAAUAUCGAGCAUCGUUUUCGGCCAACCUGUUCCGAUUUUAGAUGGCAAUGUGGCAAGGGUGUUGUCGAGACAGUUGGCAUUGUAUGCCAAUCCAAAGUCGAAGGUGACAACGGAUUUACUUUGGACUGCAGCCCAUGUGUUGGUGAAGAAAGCUUUCCAGCUUCGAGGCGGCAAGGGGCAAACAGCGGGCGAGUGGAAUCAAGCGUUGAUGGAAUUGGGUAGUACUAUUUGUACUCCCCAAAAGCCCCGUUGUGCGGAUUGUCCCAUAAGAGCCAGUUGUAGAGCCUAUGCCGAGGCAGAAGCUAGCGUAAAAAGCGAGAAGCACGAGGUAGCGUUGAUGGACCUUGAAGAUCUUUGUUCGAUCUGCAAACCCUUGCCUUUCCAAGAAGAAGCUUGCCAAGAAGAAGCUUGCCAAGAAGAAGAAGAAAAGCAAAGGGUGGCAGUGAAGAAGAUGGGUCAAGCUACAUUAUCUUUCGCCUCCUCCCCUUCUGCGUCUAAAGCAAAAGCAAAGCCGGAUGAAGAUAGGCAAAGAUUGCAAGGGACGAUAGACAAACAUAUCCGAAACUUCCCAUUGAAACUGGAAAAGAAAAGCAUUCGUCAAGAAGAAUGUCUCGUCUGCAUCAUCCAUCGUCCAGGCGAACGAGAGGAAUAUCUACUGGAACAGCGUCCAGCGACAGGUUUGCUAGCAAGCAUGUGGCAGUUCCCCUGCCUUACACUCUCCACCACCCACGCAGCCACCACGGAUGAGAAAAAACAUGUAUUCCCUUGCACACCUUUACCCAACCUCAUAGAUACCUUCAUAAACUCACUACUAGACGCAAACACCAAGGGGAAGUGGGAAAAAAACAAAGUGGCAAGCAUAACACAUACCUUGUCGCAUCUCAACCUUACAAUGCAUGUCCACAAAAUCUCACUUGCUCCUCCUGCAGACAAGAUCGAGAUAAAUGGCAAUGCGGAGAAGAAGCAAAGUAAGAAGAGAAAACAGAAUCAGACAGACAAAGAUGUGCGCGACACAAGCAAGAAGAACAACUUUGGUAGUAAGUUGGGCGAUAAAGCUCUAAGCAGAUGGGCUAGUGCGGAGCAAGUCGAAGCUGAAAGCAUGGGUACUGGAAUGCGUAAUUGCUGGCUUGCAUUGCAGACACAGCAGUCUUCAGGUCUGAGUAAGAGGGCCAAAUCAACAGGCAAGAAGAGCAAGAGGUGA